AUGUCGACGCAUACUGCCACAGACAUGAGAUGGCAUAAGCAAAAACGGGUAGACGACGAUGUGAUGCGGCAUCCUGCAGAUGGGGAGGCAUGGAAAGAGUUCGAUCGAACGUUCCCCGAGUUUGCUGCUGAUCCCCGAAAUGUUAGGCUGGGACUUGCCACUGACGGAUUCAAUCCGUACGGGGUUCUAAACCAACAUCACAUUAUGUGGACUGUGAAUGAUUUUCCCGCAUAUGCAAUGGUGUCGGGAUGGAGCACAAAGGGUUAUAUGGCAUGUCCUGUAUGCAAGGAAGAUGUGACUUCUGGUUGGCACGCUGGAAAAGUGUGUUACCUUGGGCAUCGAAGAUGGUUGCCAUGGGAUCACGAGUGGCGGGAAAAGGAUAAAGAGUUCGACGGGAACAAAGAGCAUCGUGCAAGACCUAGAGAAUCGUCCGGUGAUCAGAUCUUGGAUCAGCUUAACCAUUUGGAUUUUGCUCCGUUCGGGAAAACUUUUCUACAGUUUGUGUCGUCUGUAAAGUUUCCUGAUGGGUAUGCUUCUAAUAUCGCACAUUGCGUGAAUGUUGACGGGGGUAAAUUUAUCGGACUCAAGAGUCAUGACUGCCAUGUGUUUAUGCAACGCCUACUUCCUGUUGGGAUUCGACACCUGUUGCCGGAAGAUGUAGUCAAGCCAAUCAUAUUGUUGUCCAGAUUUUUUUCCCAACUGACGGCAAAGACAUUGCGAAAGACAGACAUUCAUCAGUUGCGUGAUGGCAUUGUCCAAGUCCUAUGCAAGUUUGAGAUGAUAUUCCCUCCGGCUUUCUUCACAAGUAUGAUCCACAUGAUGGUUCACUUGCCAGAAGAGGCAUUGGUUGCUGGUCCAGUCAACUAUCGCUGGAUGUAUCCUAUAGAAAGGCUUCUCGGAGAGCUGAAAAGAAGCGUACGCAACAGAGCGAAGCCCGAAGGAUCAAUUGUAGAGGCUUGGGUUCAAUAUGAGGCGCUGACUUUCUGUGGAAUGUAUUUAAAAGAUGUGGACACGGCUUUCAAUCGACCUCAGCGCAAUAAUGACGGAAGUGUGAGAAAUGAGCAACUUUCUAUUUUUUCACAAAGCGCACGACCCUUUGGAGAUCAUGUACAAGGGGAGUCAUUUUCCAGAAAAGAUAUGGAGAUAGCUCAUUGGUUCGUAUUGAACAAUUGUGAUGAGAUAAUGGCAUACUUAGAUGAGCAUGAAGAGAUGAUGAAGCGAGAACAUCCAUCACAUUUGUAUUCCAAGAAACACCGUGAAUUAUUUCCAAAAUGGUUCUUGCAAUAUGUGAAUAAGUUGAAAUCAGAGAAUUCCCCCACUUACAGUGAAGAGUUAUAUAACUUGGCAUUCGGCCCACUUCGGGCUGAAUUGUUCUCGGGUUGCCAUGUUAACGGCGUCAAGUUUUUGGGGAGUGCACGAGAUGACAAGUUGUGUAAGCAAAACAGCGGUGUCCAUGUUCCAGGUGGAGGCGAAAGUACAGACAUUGAUUUCUAUGGCAAACUCACCACUGUCGUGCAAUUGCUUUACAAAGACCGAUACCAAGUGAUCAUGUUUAAGUGUCGAUGGUUUGAUACGAACCAAAAUAGGCAGGGAAGUAUUAAAAUCGAUCAUGGGUUACUAUCUGUGAACAUGAGCAGAACUUGGUAUGAUGACAACCCUUACAUUUUGGCAACCAUGGCAAAACAGAUUGUCUAUCUAAAUGACCCUAAAGCAGGGAGCGGGUGGAAAGUUGUUCAGCAGAUGGAUCAGAGGAAUGAGUAUGCUAUACCAGAACUAGACCCAUCUGACAAUGACGUCGACGUUGCUGACCAACGUUUCGAAUAUUCCAUGGAACAUGAUGCACAAACACUUCAAGAUACAAUUGUCGUACAGGAACCUUUUCAGCUUGAAGGAGUGUCUCCAAGAGAAAUACCGAUUCAGUCAAUUACAAUUGACCUCAGUGAUCUUCCGCGAUACGAUCCAACCAUGGGGGACGACAACGACGAUGAUGUACUUAUGGAGGAGGCGGAGGAAGAGGAGGAGGAAGAGGAUUGGGAGACGGAUAGUCAUGAUAGUGAUGAUAACGAAGGUUAUUAUAGUUCAUCUGAUGAAUAA